AACUGCGGCAGUGAGCGUUAGGGGGCGCACCCGGCGGCUGCGCUUGUUGUUUCCCAUCGCCGCCCGCCGCCAUUUUACGGUCGCCAUUGAGAAGUGAAAACCCUCCUAAAUGUACAAAUCCGAGUGAAUAAAGCGCGGUGUUUAGCCCGCUCUUAGCGCGGAAUUCUCGUGCAAGCGGGAUAAGAUCGGCGACGGAGUUGCCGUUCGAGUGUUAGACUAAAUGAGUGUACGGCGUACGAUGGAGAAGCCAUGACGCAUCCGUCGCAUCAAACCAACGGCGCCAGCCUGGAGGACUGCCACACGAAUUUCUUCGCACUGACAUCCCUCUGCGGCAUUAAAUGGAGGAAACUCGUGUGGGGCGAGGUGGCCGGUGGCUUCGGCGGCACGCCCCUCGAGGACCCGGUGCUGUCGAGUUUCUCGCGAUGUUUAGCUGGUGACAUUCUGUGCGUGUGGCGACGCGCCGCUUCGGCGCCCGGGGCUGGCAUCUUCGACCUGGGCAUCGCGCCCUCGCCCGCGCCCCCGCCGCUCUCCCUCACCGCCGCCAAGGAGCUCUGGAUCUUCUGGUACGGCGAGGAACCCGAUCUCUCCGGUCUGGUAUCACCGGAGCUCAUCGCUUGCGAAAGCGAGCAGGGUUCUUGGGAAAGCGGAUUGUCGUACGAAUGCCGGUCACUUCUUUUCAAGGCUCUGCAUAACUUGAUUGAACGGUGUUUGCUAUCCCGUGACUUCGUUCGCUUAGGAAAGUGGUUUGUGCAACCUUACAAUGGCUACGAGAAACACCGUUGCAGCAGCAGCCAUCUGUCGUUCUCGUUUGCAUUUUUCGUUCACGGAGAAAGUACUGUGUGCGCAAGUGUGGACGUCAGGCAGCAUCCUGCGGUGCGACAUCUCACAAAGACAUGUCUACAACGUACUCAGACCUCCCAAUCCGGUGUUAAGGUGAUCCUAGCCCCUUAUGGACUAGCAGGCACAUUAACGGGUCAGGUGAGCCGUAUGGACAGUCAACUUCUCGAAGAAUGGAAACAUUUCUAUCCAAUCAGUACCGGCAGUAAUCCGGAGACCGGGCUUCCACCCCUCGUGGAGGUCCUCGUCGGUGGCGUGCGCAUGCGUUAUCCUUCUUGUUACGUCUUGGUUACGGAUAUGGAUGAUACGCCACCCGAAACUCCUCUCUCGCCUCCAAGCAGCCCCGUUACUUGUGAGCGACCCCUCUUAACGCAACAGGAACUGAGCGCAGCUACCGAAUUACCGGAGCGCGUGUGGGCAGAAUGUACUUUGAGUUCACCAGUGUCUGCUUCCAAGACAGAAUCUUCCACGGAACCUGGAACCUGGACGUUCGUGGAACCGACGCAAAAGUCUUCCUGUACCUGUUCAUGUUCGAAGUAUACGACCCCCGGGGGUUGGAAGAGCCUGGCCUCCUCUCAGAUUCAGAGGGAGAGGGUAGAUAAAGGUGGACGGAGGGUCGUACCGUUUCACCGACGGUCUACCACUCAGUGGGACGCUUGUCCCUCUGUCCCUGCUAAUGCCCCCAGGUCAGUACUGAGUAGAACGGAAGCACCUAGUACACCACCAGGCGGUCCACCUUCCUACUCGCGCGGACCACCAACGGGAGGAGAUUGUUUACCGGUGCCGUCGGUUGGCUCACCAGGUUCUCCGGCACCAUCGCCUCUCCUGACUCCACACUCCGAGCCGGCAUCGGUCCCGCCCGCGGAGCCUACGAUGCCGACUCUCAGCCCGCAACCUCCACCAAGUCACACAAACACUGCCCUACCCCUAACCCCGUCGCAAGGGCCCAAGUCUAUUUCUUCCGCGUGCAACAACCAGGUGCACAGUCCGUCGGUUCCUGGACCGGUACUGAAACGACCAAUCUUGGUAUCCCGAGAAUACGAAGGUGCUCUCUUGGAAGACGAGCAACCGCUAUCUUGGCUCUAUGAUUAUUCGCUCCAGGAAGCUUGGCUGAAUCAUCCUGUGAAGCGUUUUAAAUCCAUGAACAUCAGCGCCCCGCCGACCAACCGGAGCAACGUUCUGUACCCACCAAUGAACUCUCAAACAGUCCAAUCUCAAGCUCCUAAGCUGGAAAUUAAACAAGAACCUGUCGCAGUUGGCGAAUGUAUCGGAAGAAGAACAGAUCCAUACGAAUUCGAUGCGACAGGCGAGGAAAAUGGCACAAAUGUCGAUGGUCUCAGACGACAAAGGGACGAUCCAUCUAAACCAGGAUCUCUUUUCACCAGCGAGGGUCUUCAGCCUUCCUAUAAAGAUUUAGAUCAAAUAUUCGACAACUCCGAUCCUGAUACUUCCAGCGAUGAAACGAAUCUGAAUCAACUACAAAUGCAAACGCCACCAGGCUCGAAUAAAUCUGGAUUGCACGAAGAGACGAGGGUGGACGGUGCAAACAAGAAUAACAAUCGAGGAGUUACAGUUUUACGACCAGAAGAACUAUCCAAGAUGUUUCCAACUCCUCCUUCUUUAGAGCAUAAUCCUGUUGCCUCGCCUUGCCAACUAAGUGACCCUCUCAUGGACCAGACUGAGCUGCUGAUGCCUUCACGACCGCUCAGACACCUGCCCGACAUCUAUCCUAAUAUGGGUUCUCCACAAGAAGAGCCAAUUGACGAUUGGUCAUACGUGUUCAAGCCGGCGGCCAUCAGCAAGAUGGUCGGUUCUUCCAAGUACGCACCUCUCACGAAUCUGCCUAGCCAAUCUCUGCCAUCCAUUACACUGCCAUCGCACUGCGUGUACAGACCUUCCUGGCAGUGCAAUCCUGCUUCCACCAAUCAGGCGGACAAACCUCUUCCACCAACCAGACCCGGAUCAGUGCAACAGCAACAACAGCAGCAGCAACAACAGCAGCAACAGCAGCAGCAGCAACAACAACAACAACAGCAGCCUUGUCCACAAAGUCCGGCGCCACCUUACCGUUCAAACACUCUGCCUGGUAGGCCACCACCACCUCCAUAUGACCAACCCAGCCCAGCCACAUCCACUACUUCUUCAUAUCUCAAUAAAAAUCUCAAUAGCAUCGAGGCGGAUACGCCGGGACCCGCUCGCGCACCCGAAUCAAAUUCCCUCGUAGUGAAUAUUCUUCUGGGUGACACUGCACUCAAUAUCUUCCGCGAUCAUAACUUCGACAGUUGCAGUCUGUGUGUGUGCAAUGCUGGGCCCAAGGUUGUAGGCAAUAUCAAAGGCGCUGAUGCGGGCGUUUAUCUUAGCAAUUCGUGGGUGGGUUCUGCGCUCUUCCAAGACGACGAUCAAAUCAGAUGUAGUUGUGGCUUCAGCGCCGUAGUGAAUCGACGACUCGCACAUCGAGCGGGUCUGUUCUACGAAGAUGAGAUGGAGAUCACGGGCGUCGCCGAAGAUCCGGCGGAGAAGAAGAAGGGCUCGCUUACCGCGGUCGCGUGUCCCGGAGCGAAAGCGGCUCCCGAAGGCCUCGACACGAUACCACCAAAUGUUCUCGAGUUAUUACGCGAGCAAUGCCUGAUCGUUCAAAGUUCUGCCAGCAGUUUGUACAGAGCGGCCAGGAUAUGCGCUACCGUGAAAAGCUAUCCGACGUUGACGCCGACGGUGAAUACUCUGGAAUUCAACGAUGGCAAUGAGGUAUGCGUCGCCGCGCUCGAUCAAGGCAAGCUCGAUGGUGCGCAUAACGAGAGGGCGGCGCGUGUAAACGGCGUGCAUCGGUGGGUAUUCCUUAGGGCACGAGGUCCCCAAUGUAGUGGCGACAUCGUGCGAAUGAUGAGAUCGCUACAGCCGCUGCUUCAGGACGCAGUACAGAAGAAAUGUACGACGCGCAUGUGGGAAGCGCCGUAUACUGUCACCGGACCGCUCACGUGGCGACAAUUCCAUCGUUUGGCCGGUCGCGGCACUGACGAUCGUUGUGAACCACAACCAAUACCCGCUCUAGUCGUCGGAUAUGAUCGUGAUUGGUUAUCAUUGUCACCGUACGCAGUCUGUUUCUGGGAAAAACUGUCUUUAGAACCGUUUGCCGGACCUAGAGACGUCGCCUACGUGGUCGUCGCACCUGACAGCGAUUGUAUUGUCAGUAGAGUGAAAUCAUUCUUCCGAGAACUUUCCUGCACGUAUGAGAUUUGCCGGUUAGGAAGACACACGCCAAUCUCGAAACAACUACGCGAUGGAAUUCUGCGCGUCGGGAAGUCGACCGUACAGAAACUGGCGAAGCAACCGAUGGAUGAUUGGUUCAAGUUUUUGGGGGAGAAUCAUAUAGGCGAACUGUUGAGAUUGUAUGCCCAAGUGUGUAAUCAUCGAUUGGCUCCGUAUUUGACUCAGGUCAUACAAGAUCGUAGUUUGUUGGAUCCUGGUGAGUCUCAAGCGGCCAACAAACAGCAGCAACAGCAAUCGACAACAAUUCCCGUUCCUGAUACAAUGCCAGCUACACCCGAUGUAUUAUCGACCAAGCCUGAGUCUGUCGAAGGGGAAAAUCUGAGGAGCGAAACUCCCUCCUCGAGUACAGCAACGAAUCAGACGACUACUAAUACAACCGGUAAUACGACACCGACAUCGCAAUCUACAAGCAACACGACGCCGAUUACUACGACCACAGGUCCGGACGAGGAGGAAAUCGAACCUCCAGCCAUCGUUGUUUACUUUGUUGAACCUUUUUCGUUAGGCGGUACUGAGGAUCCUGAUCGACGUCGGCUUGCCAUUCUAGCUCUACUUAGAGCUUACUCUUCUGCGAUCAAUAGCAUGCCUGAAAAUAUGAGAUCAAAUGUUCAUGUUCAGAUAAUAUCCUUGGAAAGCAUAAUGGAAUUGGGUAGAGCUCGAGAAAGGCGAAAGAUUCAAGAUGAGAUGAGAGCCUUGGCGUUAAAUGUCUUCUUGCAAGGGCGUCGAUUAUUAAAUCAUAAUUCUACAGUGAAAAGCCUUACCGGUUUCGGUACUGCCGCCGCUGCAGACAUCUUCCUCAAAAGUAAAGAUGAACGAAAUAGGGCACCUUACCGUCUCUACGCACCGGCCUUCGUAUUAGCACCGCUGCGGGCAAAGAGCGAAGCUCCCGAAUCAUUUGGCAUGCCAAGACCCGAAGAAUGUGCAGUGCUCUAUCUGAGUUACUGUUUGAGUGAGGAUCAGUCUUGGCUGUUGGCGGCCGCAACGGACGAUAGGGGCGAAAUUUUCGAAACCGCUACCAUUAACAUCGACAUACCUAACAGGAAAAGAAGAAAGCGCGCUUCGGCUAGGCGUAUUGGCCUUCAAAAGCUUAUGGAUUUUAUACUGGGUGUAAUGUCCCAAGGUGUACAACCAUGGAGACUGGUCGUUGGUCGAGUAGGACGCAUUGGACAUGGCGAAUUGAAAGGAUGGAGUUGGUUACUUUCUAGAAAAGCGCUUUUGAAAGCUUCAAAGCAUCUAAAAGAGAUAUGUGGACAGUGUAGUCUCUUAUAUCCCUCGGCGGCACCUUGCGUACUCAGUGCGUGUUUAGUCUCACUCGAGCCAGAUUCCACUCUGAGAUUAAUGGCCGAUCAAUUCACUCCCGACGAAAGAUUCAGUCAGGCAUCUGCAAAUCCUGUUGUUGUUUUAAUAUUUUAGUCGUCGCAGACUGCAUUUCAAGAGCAACACAACGUACCCGAGUUGGGAGACGACGAAUUAUUUUCUGCUCUAAACGAUGAUAUGCCGGAAGGUAUGGAGGGAAUGGGUGACUUCAACGACAUUUUCAAUGUUUGGCCUGAGCCGGGCGCAGGCGGUGGGCAAAGUCCAAGUGGAAGUCCGCACCGUCCUGAAGGUUCACCGCAUGGAGGAGAUGGCGGUGGAUCAGGCUUGGGCAAUCACGAUGGACCUGGCAGUCCGUUUCCGUGCAGCAAUACGCCAAGAAUAGCGACGACUGAGCAAGCAGAAGAAGUUGGCACGCUUCUACAACAACCGCUCGCUCUUGGUUACCUAGUAUCAACUGCGCCAACGGGACGAAUGCCACCAUGGUUUUGGGCAGCUUGUCCACAUCUCGAAAACGUUUGUCCGGUAUUCCUGAAGAACGCGUUACACCUGCACAGUCCCGCAAUACAACAGAACAGCGACGAUUUACUCCAGCAACAAAACGCACCUACUGCUCAUCCAUUGGACUCGCAGUAUACCACUGACGUGCUCAGGUACGUGUUGGAAGGGUACAACGCACUGUCGUGGCUUGCGCUGGAUGCAAACACCAAGGAUCGACUGUCCUGCUUACCAGUGCACGUACAGGCGCUCAUGCAUCUCUACCAUGCGACGGCAGCUCUCGUCUGACCCACACCCUCUCCCGUUGUAGUGCAGUAUAUGCACCUCUCUCACGCACUCCUUAUUGUACCGUCACUUGGGGCUUUACGAGAGCAACUGAUUUCCUAUGCCCUUUACCUAUACUACAUUAGUUAGGUACUUAGAGAGAAAGAGAUUGUCUAGGUACAGAGUACGAUCCUUCUCGACCAUAUGUAAAGAGAACCGAGCUUUUUUUACUCGGACUCUAAUUAAUACACAAGUUAGCGCAAUGAAAAUGCAAAGGCUGAAAAUGCAGAACUCGAUGAGAACGAACAGCGACUCUCUUUACCAUUUUUCUAUUAUAACAGGCGAAAUAGAUUGUACUUUGUGUUUAUGAUCGUAUCUCGUAUUUCGUAAGGAAAAAAUGAACUGCGCAUCCAAUACGACCAUUGCCAGCGAAAGCAAAUGUGAGACUUUGCGAAUGGUAGAAGCGAAGAUGCGAGUGAUGAAAGAUACUGUGAGAAAGGAAGAAAGAUAGGGCAGGAAAGAAUGAGGAUGAAAGAGAAGUAUAACGA